UGUAAUCGAGGAUGCUGGCCCUGCGGCUGCUCAACGUGGUGGCCCCCGCCUACUUCCUGUGCAUCUCCCUGGUGACCUUCGCGCUGCAGCUCUUCCUAUUCCUGCCCAGCAUGCGCGAGGACCCCUCGGCUGCCCCGCUCUUCUCGCCUGCCCUGCUGCACGGGGCCCUCUUCCUGUUCCUCUCGGCCAACGCCCUGGGCAAUUACGUCCUGGUCAUCCAGAACUCCCCGGACGACCUGGGCGCCUGCCACGGGUCCUCGGCCAGCAGGGCGCCGUGCUCCCCGCCCAGCACCCACUUCUGCCGAGUGUGCGCCAGGGUCACCCUGAGGCACGACCAUCACUGUUUCUUCACCGGCAACUGCAUCGGCAGCAGAAACAUGCGCAACUUCGUCCUGUUCUGCCUCUACACCUCCCUGGCCUGCCUCUACUCCAUGGUGGCCGGCGUGGCCUACAUCUCUGCCGUCCUUUCCAUCUCCUUCGCCCACCCCCUGGCCUUCCUCACGCUUCUGCCCACCUCCAUCAGCCAGUUCUUCUCCGGAGCUGUCCUCGGUUCUGAAAUGUUCGUCAUCCUCAUGCUCUACCUCUGGUUUGCCAUCGGCCUGGCCUGCGCCGGCUUCUGCUGCCACCAGCUGCUGCUGAUCCUCCGGGGGCAGACUCGCCACCAGAUGCGGAAGGGGGUGGCAGUGAGGGCCCGGCCCUGGCGCAAGAACUUACAGGAGGUCUUCGGAAAGAGGUGGCUGCUAGGCCUGCUGGUGCCCAUGUUCAAUGUCGGCAGCGAGAGCUCCAAGCAGUGGGACAAGUAGCAGGUGCUCCCAUCCUUUCCCUCUCUGUGCGUCUCGACUGCUCCUGAACAUAAGACCAGGCACCCUUGUCUCCACCCACGACCCUCUGCAACUUCGGGCUGGUUAAGUGUCAGCAUCCACCCCUGAUCUUCAACCCAUAGAGAACAGCAUUGGCUGGUGGAUCAA